AUUUAAAUGAGGGAAACCUGCAAAGAAGCAUGUGUCAUCUCUCUGUCAUUCAAUGUUACAGGAGCAAAGCCACAAGUCCAUAACACAGGAUGCACGUCACUCUGGCCCUUCUCUAUGUCUCUCUUGUGGUGAUGCCGGGAUGUCUUCCCACAAAUGGAGAAUCUAUCAGAAAUACCAUAAACAGCAUAGUAAACAUAGCUCAGAUAACCCUGGUCCACAUUAAGAAGCUAAAGACAAAGUUGCCAGUGGCUCCACAGAUAGAAUUCAACACUCCUUCCAUUGAGGGACUAACUAGUAUCACUCAUGACCUUAGACUUUUGGAUAAUGGACUGCAGAGCCCUUUCACAGACCUCCUCAGCCAGAUCCAGGCUGAUGUCUCCAGCUUGGAGGGAAGGGUGCACUCCCUGGCCCAGACAAUGGACUGUCCCAUCCGGGCCAGACCCGAAGGAGAAACCAGUGACAAUUUGUUCCCGGACAGUCACCUUUACUUGACUCUGAUGAAGGUGCAGCGUUACCUGGAAAAGCUUCUUCUCAACAAGGACAAACUCAAGGUCUGCUGAGAAAUCCACACCUAUAAGCACACAUAUGCUAAGUCUUAUUUGCACAAAUAGCUCAGAUAAUAAUGUAAUUUGUCUUUGCACAUACUACUAUUCUUUUUAUAAAAUGUAUCUUAUUAUCUUCUUUCACAUAAUGAUGUAAUGCUCAAAAUUGCUCUUUCUCUGGUUUCUAAGUUGGCAUGUAAUGCAAGUAGCUUUUGAGAUGCAUAUUUUUAAUUUAUGUACUACAAAGAUUUUAUAGAAUUUUGAAAAAUAAUUGAACUGUAGGCUUAUUUUAUCUGAUAUGUAGACUUAUUUAUAUAACCUGAAUUAUAUUUAAAUUGUUUUAAUAUUGGGGGGGGAGAGAUGUUUCAAUGUUUCAAUUUAAUGGUAUGGUUUCCAAUUUAAAACAUGUUUUGUAUGUUGGUAUGGUUAUUCUAUUAUGUGCAAGAUUUAGGAGGAAAAAGUAUUCAGUGAGUAUGUAAUGUUAAUGGUAUUUGAUUUGAAGUGCAAUGUUUUUGGUAAUAUUGUAUCUAGCAGACACAUUAAG